GAAUGCCGUUAUUUUAAACAAUAAAGGGUAACGUUAUUGCUUUUCAAAGCAUCUUUUUGGACGUGACCCAAUUUCACGUCGACCCCAAAGCUUAUGACUUUUGCGUCCCUCCAUGCACCAUUUUCUGCAGUAGGAUUCUAGAACAGAGGGGAGGUCUGCUGCUGUUGCCCCUGGUGAUGUGAGAGUUGUUCCAGUGUUCCAGGCUGCGAGAGAGCAGGUUCGUGACGAAGGCCAGGUAAAGCAUGGGAUUGGCCUCUGAAGCCAGGAUCAACAGCCCACUUCCCUACGCACCGAGGGGGCCCACGCCAUCCUAGCCCGAGACCUGAGGCACGCUGCGCAGAGAGGGGACCAAAGGCUGUCCUCAGUGACCUCUGAGCUUUAUGCACCGUGGAGAACCAGCCUCAAAGGUGGUGAUGUCUGAGGGGGCUGAACUAAGGGAGUGCAAUGAGGCCUUUGAGUCAGAAGAGGGCGACGUUGACCCAUUCCUGGAGGAGGAUGAAGGCGAGGAGGAGGAGGAGACGGAGAGCAGCCGGGAGCUGAUGGAGAGACUCCGCGAACUGGAGGCUGAGAACUCGGCCCUUGCUCUCGCAAACGAAAGCCAGAGAGAGGCGUACGAGAGGUGCCUGGAUGAGGUUGCCAACCAUGUGGUACAGGCUCUUCUCAAUCAAAAGGACCUACGGGAGGAAUGCAUCAAGCUGAAAAUGCGUGUCUUUGACCUGGAAAGGCAAAACAGGACGUUGACAGAGCUCUUCACACAAAAACUCCACACACACCCCAAUCCCCUUCAACAGUUGCCAUCGGUGACUCUCGCAGAGCACAACUUGGACUCAGCUGUGACGAGCACCGAGAAGAUGGUAGCGUCUCACUGCCAGGGGGAAGCCAAGAACACUGGUGAUCGCGCACAGAAUGGUACCCCAAGCCAAGCUCGAGGCCCAGCCACCUCCAUGGAUGCCCUGUCUCCAUUUUUCAAGAAGAAAGCACACAUCCUGGAAGUUCUCCGCAAGCUGGAGGAGUCCGACCCACUGAAGUUCCACCCGUCCUCCUGCCUGGGGCCCUACCACGACAUGGGCCAGACGCUGUUUCCGGGAGACUUCCCGGGGACCUCCAUCUCCCGCGCGCCUCACUGCAGGCACUCCAGCUCGGACUCUGACAUCCACGAGUACGCCAGCGGGGAGGGCGCGCUCCAAGACGACCGCGGCCGAGGACACGGGGGCUGCCCCUCCUGCCGGCUCCUCACUCAGAAAAGCAGCCUGGACAGCCUGCUCAAGGCCACGCCGGGACACAGCGGCUCGUUCGCCGCCGCCGCCGCCAUCGCUCUGCCAGUUCGAGAGGAGGGCGUCGGCGGGCAGAUGUGGGCGGAGAGUCACCAGCAGGGGGCGGUGGCGGGUGCGGGCGCUCCCGAUCUGCACGUCGGCAUCCCCUCCCUGGAGAGCACAAGCCACGCCUACACGCACAGCACACGGACGGACUGCAGAACAGCGAGCGGGUCUGAGUCGGAGGCAUCUGACCGCAGCCAGGAGCCGCUAGACAAGGCCAGGAGUCUGCUGCAUCACAAGGGCAAAGCCGUGGAGAAGUUGUCGCUUCGGAAAUCCUUGUCCAGAGGUCCCGACAGCGCCCUUCAAGGUGAGGACGGAAAGCAUGCGGAGACGACAUCGUCUCAGAGCCAGGAUCAAAGUCACGCCAGUGGCAGAGCCGACCAGGAGUGUUGCUACCUGGUGGUGGACACUGAUGCUACUGUGAAGGACGAGGAAUGUGAGGACGAGGAGAAGGUCUGCAACGGGGUCUAUUUCUCCUCCAACGAGACGUCUGUAUCCAAGAAGGUGGCCGUGGACUCCUAUUCCCCGGCUCCCGUGCCGGAGAAGAACAGCUCGGCCUCACCGCAGCCACAGCAGCAAUCCUCUGGGAAAAGCAAAUUUGCACUCAGCCCCACCUCCCCGCCCUCAUGCCUUAGCGAGGCCAAGCCCUCCCCGAUCGCCUCUCCGUCGCGGCUGCUCAAGUUCCUCAAGAUCCCCGCGAUCGGGGAGCGACCUCAGACUGCUCAAGCCUUACGCCUCAGUCCUCAGCUCACUCGGAGCUCCAAGAUCCCCUGCCGGAACAACAACUACGAGGUGUACCACUCGCCCGUGAUGCCCCGCAAAGCCACCACCACGGAGAGAGAGAAGGUGUCCUCCUCGACGUCCUCUCCCAAAACAGACACUUACCCCGGCACGCACUCUGCACCUACAUCACCCCCAAAGCCGGACGACAACCUCCCCUCCCCUGUCCCCGUGAAGGAGAUAAGCUACAGCAGCCACUCAGCGCCCAAACCCAACCGAACCUCUAAAGGGGCACCCAUUCCUUCAUCCCAGUCCCAGAGGAACUCACAGAAGGUACCGCACUAUGAGAAUGUGUCUGAGCUUGCUGCAUCGAAUGGUUUGCCUCAGUUCGUCCCCUACGCUGAAGUAGACGGAGGCACCCCAGAGAAACAGCAGAGGAACACGUGUGACGACAAGUUGCUCAGUCCUCCCUCCAAGACUUCGGAUUCGUCCCCGGCCACGGGUGACUCGCCCUCAGACUCCUCAGACGAGGAGGAGACUGACACGGAGAGUCCCGUGUGGCACAAACCGCACCAACACUUCAGCCUGCCAUCCUCCUCGUCGUCAGCCUCCAGCAAGGCCCAGCGAGUGUCCACUUACUCCAGCAUGAAGGACCGGCCACAAGAGAGAAUAGCACCCGAAGCUGUUCAGCCACAGAUUGUUGAGGCUGUCCAGCCGGCUCAGCCAACGACAAACAGGAAAGGAGACCAGCCCCCAUCACUGCCCAAAAGGACGGUCUCCGCCAAACCCCCGAAUGAGACCAGCCAUCACCCUUUCAAAGAGCGCUUGGCUGCUCUUGGCAAGCUGAAGAGCAACGAGGACCUGCACCAGCCCUUGGAAAAGAAAGAAGCACAGUGUAUUGUGGUUAGACCUACAUCUUCUGCCCCUGGCAAUAAUGAGCGAAGUAAGACUGCUGAGCGACAAGGCGACCGCAGCGUGGUUGAACAUAGGCACACAAAGUAUACUGAUUCUUUGGAUGGAAAACCUUACCCCAAGACUAGCUUAGCAGGCUACACCAAGUAUCCUAGCACAUGUCAUGAAGUAAGCCCUAAAUCAGCUGUAGCAACAGGAUCUGCUGGCAAAGGUGAAUUGGAGACUUUCUCUCCAAGGGUUUAUGUUGCCAAAUCUGAAGGCCCGAAGAUAAAAAUGGGAAUGUCAUCCUCGACCGAGCCCCCCGUUGUAAUGCGUAGCUAUGGAAAAUGCCAAGUUCCACCAAACCACCACAGCAAGACUUCCCCAAGUCCCCAGAACAGUCCCACUAAGGUCCCGUCCAAGUCGCCCUCGAAAGCUGGCCAGGCGUCCUCCUACCCCCGAGGAAUGAAGCCUGCUCAUGACGACCGUGGCCAGGCUCAGAAGCACCCUGCUCGGCCAGAGGACAAGUCCAAGCUCACCGCCAGCAAGAAGAAGUUUGUACACGCUGAGAGCUUCCCCCCUCCUCCUCCUCCCAGGCCUCCGGUCGAAACUUCUGCCAGCACGCAGUCGCUGGAGGAGAAGAAGCCUCUGGUGCCCGCAGGCCCACAGUCGGCCAUCGAGCAGAAGGUGAUGCGAGGGAUCGAGGAGAACAUGCUGAAGCUCCAGGAGCAGGACCGUACCCAAGCAGUGGAGACCAAGCAGAAGACCUCCAACGGCAUCGCCAGCUGGUUCGGCCUGAAGAAGAGCAAGCUGCCGGCCCUCAGCCGCAAGCCGGAGAUGUCCAAACUCAGGCUUAACAUGUCGUCAUCCUCUUCGUCCUCCGCCUCCGCAGCCAACUCAAAGGCUGGCCCAAGGAAGGUGGUGGAGAGCCUGAACAUCUCGAAGCUGAUGGAAAAAGCAGAAGAUCUCAGGAAAGCCCUUGAGGAGGAGAGGGCCUACGUGAAUGGGGUGGGCGUCGGAAUGCCUCUCGAUCGCACUGGCAGGGGACAUUCAUGUGAGGUGGUGAUGGACCCUGCACAGGGACAGCUCGCCCUGAUGUACCGAGGAGUGACUGCUGACAACUUCAUGCAGCAAUUGUUAAACAGGGUGGAUGAGAAAGGAGCCCCCAGCUUUGGCAUGGCUCACAGACGCCUCUCCUUUGACUCCAAAAGAUCCCAACCGACAUUCCUCCACCAGAGGAAUGGCAUGAGCCACACAAAGAGUCGGGAUGAGAUGGACAAGGGCCCAGAUAUGGUAGGUCGUGAUGAGGUCAUAUCCGACGAGAACCUGGCAGAAUCCAUGAGCUCCCAACACUUCACAGGUUCUGGAGCCUCCAUGCGUACACUGGACAGUGGCAUUGGGACGUUCCCUUUGCCCGACUAUGCCAGCAGUGCCGCGGGCAAAAGCAUCCCCAAGACAAAGCCUCACGGGGAGCAAGGGUUUUCCGCUUCCCAAGGGAAACACGGACCCCUAAUGAAAGUUCCACGAAAGGCGCGUACUCUGGAGAGAGAGCUGUCGUCCCUGGAGGAGGUGAACCCAUCUGCGCUGUAUGGCGGUGGCCUUGAGGGGAAAGGGCCCAGCAUGCAUCUCUCCAGCACCAUCCAUGAAGACAUUGAUGCCUAUGGGGCCCAUAUGCAACCACCCCCAUCUAAGAACUGGACCUUCCCCAACCUGAAGGGAUCAGCCGGCCCUGCAGACGUCUACAUCGGUGUCCAAGGAGAUCUGGAGCCAUCUGGGCAAGGCACGCCAUCCAGAAGGAAACAGGGCGUGCCCCAGGGACCCAGAGAGGUGGACCCCAGCAGUCUCCCAUUGGCGCCCCAGAUGGGGCUGAGCCGAAGGGGCAAGAGUCGCAUCCCGGGCGGGCCAGAGGUGAGCAAGGAGGGCGGACUGGAGCUGGUCAAGGAGCGACCGGACGACAUCCUGUCCCCGAGCCGGCCGCAGGCCCUGGAGACGCCGGAGUCCCUGAGUGACUCGCUCUACGACAGCCUCUCGUCCUGUGGCAGCCAGGGCUAAGAGCUCAUGCCACUCCCCACCCCUCGUCCACCACUCUCUCCUCUCUCCUGGGGCGGCCUUACUAGGCUGUUCUCGGAUCAGUCUCAGCCUGUUGAGAGCUGUGAGAGUUGGAGGGGGGAGAGGCGGAGGUCAUGACUGGUCCCAGUUCAGCUGUUGUGUGGCAAACUUCCUUGGGAUUCUAGAGAUGAAUGAAUGACUGAAUGGACAGAGAGUAAGGGUCUUAUUAAUAGGCCCUGCUAUGGAUCAAUUUGUACACUUGUAAGGCUGGGACAUACUUUCAUCAGUAAACAUUCACUGGGCUCAGUGUUCACUAAGGUCAAGGGUCAGAGGUCACAGUUCAGCUCACUAGAGGUUUGUGUCUGAGCUUUUCAUAUAGUUUCAUGCAUGGUUGACCAGUCCCAGCCAAGUUCUGCAUCUUGUAGUAAUCCACAGUGUUCACUCUGCCAUGACGUGCAUGACAUUCAGCAGGUUGUCAGUGAGCUCGUUCGCUUUCACCAGAACUCGUGCCCUUUUCAUUCAUACAUAAGUCGAGCGCAAGUCAUCUCCACAUGAACUAUGUCCCAGCCUUGCGAUUUGCGAGUGGAAAAUAUACGGCGAUGGACUGAUUCCAGUUGGAGGAGAAGGUGGACGGGGGAAGAGAAGGUGGAGGAGGCGUUGUGGAGUCAGAGGUCUAGUUUAUCUGUGAUGUCAACUCAUGCCCUCUGAGGUGACUCUGUGGGUGGGUGAGUGAAUGCCCCCCCACUGUGCGUGGGCGAUCUGUGACAUAACCCGCUCUCUAUCCGCACACACACACACACACUCACACACACACACACAAACACACACAAGCCUACUCUCAGCUGGACCGCUGAGCUGAUAUUGACGUUGACACUGAAACUCAAAAGAGAAGACAGAGCACUCCCCCUGAAGAGCGCGACCCCAAAACGCUCACUCCUCAGAUGGACAGAUGGACAGAUACACACACACACACACACACACACACACACACACACACACACACACACACACACACACACACACACACACACACACACACACACACACACACACACACGUGUCCUUUAACACCCUAGCUUAUGUAAGCGCCACAAACAACAACACAGCUACACAUGCAAGCACACACAAACAAACAAAUGUACAUGCACAGACAAUACUUAAACAGACAAGAUGCCAUAGCUGCAGAAAAAAAAACCUUACAAACCUUACAUCUUUUGGACAGCAGUGCACCUUCCACAGCUGUGGGAAGCAUCGCUUGCAUAAUAGACAGCCUUGGUCCCUGUCGUCUUGUUCCUAAAACUAUCAACUGUGUGUGAAUCUACCACAAAGCUGUGUAGUAUUAUGUUUAGUCGUAAGCAAUUUGACUGCCAGCAAUUAAGAAAGCUAAAAUUUGUGCUCACACGCUUUUCAAAACAAAACAAAGUCUUUUAACGUUUUACGAGCCAUAACUCCUUAGUAUCUUGACAUUUAGAAUGAGAAUGAAACGAGUGCGGAGCAAUGGACCCAAACUGUGAAGAACAGGAUUUAUUGAAAACUGGUCAAGACCAAUCAAAGACUAAAUGUAAUUAAUUCCUAAUCAUGAAAAAUUUUGAUUUAAGAAGCACUAAAGUUGUUCUGUCUGGAAUGACUCAUCCUACCACAUGGCUGUAUACUAAGACUUACUAAUUAAUGCCAAAAAGGCUCCCAGCGGACCUGGAUACCAGUAAGAGCAGCAAACCUACAGUAUUGGCCAGGACAGCGAGCCUUCGAUCUACUCUUUGAUCUAAUGCUCACCGGAGGUGCCAAUUCCAGCAAACAUGUACCGUAAGCACAAAAGCAACGAGGGUCUAUAUAGCAAUGCUCAACACAUUGAUUCCACCCUAAAGGAAACGUUGGACACUUCAAUGUCUGUUUGGAAUGAAGGCAUUUAGAGAUUUCUGUAGCUUGGCAUUGUGCGGAAAACUAGCAAAGCCCCAAACUGAAAAUACAUCCAAGAAAUGUUCUCACCAGAAGACUGUGGAUCGUUUUUUUAGGUUAUGUAUCUAGUCAUCAAUAAUGGAAUAUGAGCACAGGGAUUGUAAAUGUGUUUCUAAGAUAUCAUACGACCUAUGAGAUGACAGCUUGCGUUGAGAGCUGCAUUCACGGACAAAAACACUGAUAAGCAAUAUUGGUGUUUGUAUAGAUGAAUAGUGAUUUUGAUGUACAGUUUAAGCAAAGGAAAAAAAAAAGACAUUUGUGGGCUUGUGUCAAAGAGGCAGGCAUUCGAGCACCACAGACGUAACAGAGAUGAGCCACAAAGAUCUUUAUGGUAGUCCCUGUGACGCAUAAGGACUUCGCUAGUACUUGUCACCCCUGAGUAAAAUCUGUGAUUUUUCCGCUUCUGAAAAAUAUGAGCAGAUGUACUAAACUACCACAUCCGCGUGCUUCCAGUGGCUUCUCGUCUCAUUAACUGUUAUGGGAAAAGUUUUGAUAUCCGCGCACAGCCGAGACAGGGGUCCGUAUACAGUUUUGCCUACUUGUUCACUAGGAUCCCUUGUCUGUCCGCCCCUUGGUUCCUUGAUAUGAAGAGGACUGUAAUAGUACAGUAGGACAAAUCCAGAGGUGACUGUUAUUAGAUCCUUCAUGAGAAAAGUUUCCUUUUGUCCACUCUGUGGCUUCACUCUAUCUCUUUUUCCUCAUGGAUUGUCUUCCAGGACAGCCUCUGCCUAUAUCCCCACAGUAUGUUCAGCCCAUCGAAACUUGUUCAAUGGAGGGCAGGAGGUAUUACACUGCAGAAUCAUCCAAGUUCAUUUUGAUUAGAUGUGGUAUGUAGACGCCACUUGAUGAAAAUGUUCAGUUUCAGAUUCAGUUGCGUCCAGGAUGACAGGAACACAGUGGUAGUAUUUUCAUUCCUUUCAGAACACCUCUAACCACUUGGUCUAGAAACACCUCCUGUCUCUGCAUAAUGGUUGUAAAAAUGAACAGGGUGGCAAAAGCCCAAGAGACAGCCCUGUGGUCAAACCAUGAAUCUCAAGGGGGCAGUCGUCCCAGAGGAGCCCUAACUCAUCAUUAAGAUCUUUUUCAGCUUUCUUAGACUGCUCCCUGUUUUGUCUCCAUAAACUGCUUGUAACCUUUAGAAUCUGUGUGUAGCCACUUCCAGCCUCUCUGAUGCCAUAAAUGUGUCCCCCUAGCUUUCAUAACCUGUCCUUAGACUUGCUAAAGCUGUCUUUUAGGCCUCGUCAUCUUCUUCUUCGUCCAUUCAUGUAGCCUUUGUUUUUGAAUAGAGUGAGAGGUGUCUUUGCAAUACCAUGUCACCAUGAUAGCACUGACCUGGACUAUGCGGUAUAUCAUUAUGUUUGCCAUACCUUUCUUUUCAUUUUGUUUUGUUUUUGGACUUGUGACUCAGAUCACAAUGAUAUGGGGUGGUUGCAGCUUUUUAUAUUUAUUUACUUUAUUUAUUUUUUUGCUGAAUUAUACUAGCAUAAAACUGUUUUAUUGUUGUCAUUGUUGUUGUCGUUCCUGUUAUUGUUAAUGGUGUUGCUGUUAUAAGCAUUUUUAUUCUUACUGUUAUUUUUUUACUCUUUGAUUUCUAAUGCUUCGUUCUGUUGAAUGAAGUUUUUUUCUUAGCAAGGUUUGUCUUCUUUGUGUAUGAAUCUGACCAGAAUAUUCUCAUUUGGAUUUAUUUUGUCUUGUAAAUAGUAUUCCAAGGUGCUAUGUACAUAGCAUUUCCACCAGAAUCAAAUGAAGCCAUAAACAGCAAUGUAUUUUAAGGCAGCGAAAUCAUGAAGAUAAAAAUGUUAAUUUAUGGCUCAAUUGAAAACUCAAGAAAUAAACCCUUUCUCUCAAGUUCA